UGUGAGGGACAUCACAGCGGUACCUUGCUGUAUACAGCAGGUUUGCCGCUGGCGCGCGCGGAAGAGAUUUGGUGUAGAAAACCAGGAUUAUGAUAGUUCUUGUAUUCUUUUAAAAACAACAUUAUUAUCGGAAAUAAAAUGGAUUGUUGGUUUGGGGUUUCGGUUAUUUUGGUCAUGAUUCUACUAGCCGCAAAACACACAGCCAUGCAGAAUCUUGAUUCUGCCAGCGCUGACCAGAUUGAUUUCGAUGGAUCGGAAAGGCCUUCUACUAACAUCGAUAACGGAUCGCGCAGCAAUUCGACGGAAAAUCUUGAUGAGGAGAAUAUCCGAGCCCGACGACCGCGUGGUCCGACUACAACCGAAGAUCCCCUUUUGGACGCCACCCUCGAUCCGCGCUUGGAGAACGAUGUGUUCAACUUGUACGACAUAAUGAUGCUCAAUGAUUAUCUGGGAGCGUCGGUGUUAGCCGGACUGGAACUACAACAAAUGUCCCGUAUGGCGAAUAUUCCGCUACCGCAUGAACGCAUCGGUCCAGCGCCGCCACUACCGCCUGUUCCAUCUGGUCCGGCGCCCUCAUCGGCAUCCGGACCCAAUCUACUGCCAUUGUAUUUGCAAAUACUCAACAGUCAAACGCGGCCUUCACUGUAUGGCUAUCACAGCGGAGAGGGCGGCAGAUCCGGUAUUUACGGAGGCGGUGAUAGCCGAGGAGAUGAUCCUGCCGGGACGAACUGCGUCUUGGACGCAAUAGAAUCCAGCAUCUGCCAAAAGCAAAUUACGGUGGUGACUUUGCUGUCUUUUCCCGAAUAUCUUCUCGCGGUGGACCGCGAUACAGUGUAUCGUAUCGCCUACAACGGCACACCGUUGGACGAAGAAUCCCUAGGCCUGGCAACCGGGCGAUUUGGCUUCGACAAGAAAAUUCCCUCUGCUUCGCUCGUCACCUCAACGAACUUGUAUAUGUUUUUUGGCUAUAAGUACACGACAAUGAACCCGGUUUUCUUAAAAAUCCACGGGAAUAGUUCCGCCGAAGACAGCAUUAUUGCUAGCGCCGCCCGAAUGUUUCGAGAAGCCAAACUGCCAAUAAAAGGAGUAAUGAAAACCUACGAUGACAGUGCUGUAUUUUUUUCUGAUAAAUCGUUUAUAACAUACCAUCCCAAAAAUUCGACCAUUACAAUGGGAAUACCAAGAUUUAGACCAUUAUCCGACAUACCGGGUGCACCUGAACGGAUUGAUGCUGCAUUCACGACAGAUUUAAAUGAAAGCUUUAUUUAUCGGAAAGGAUUGCUUUAUCAAUUGCAGCUUCCAGAUUUGAGGGUUACGAAGAAAUAUCCUUUUCAUUCAAGCACUCCUUCCUCCACCAACACAUGGUUAAAAUGCAAAGAAACUGUAUGCGCUUGAUUUUAAGGUUCUGAGCCGGAAGUUUUAUGAUUUACCGAUUUUUGUGGAUUCCAAUGCGAAUGACUUUAAAUAGUACAAGUAGCGCAAGUCAUUUGAUUUGCAAUUUGCAUAUGUGCAUUCUAGCUUAAAUAAGGCGUUGCCGUAUACCUGCCACCAGGAUCAGAAGCGCAUUUUUUUGCAUUUGCUGUAGUUAAAGGUGAUAACAUUACCGCUGGUUUUUUGUAAUCAAUUUUGAUUGCGGUACCCGAGAUGAACUGUACAGCAUG